CGAAAGCCAGACGAACCGGCCCCACCAGGCACCCACCACCCACCAGACCCGUGGAGGAAGGAAGAAGAAGCACACCGCCGCCGCCGGACCGGUGACAUACAGACUACAGUCUCCUUCGCCGCCGCGCCCCUGCCUUCUACCAGCCAUGUUCGGCUCUUCCAAUCAUUUCAGCUACCAUCGCCUGCUCAAGUUCUUCCAGUUUUGCUUGCAAAAGUUCAUUACCGCCAUGGUUCCUAAGAAGACGACGCCUAACCUCUCCAAGGGGGAUUACUUCACGGAGCCUAGCCUAGAGGAGCUUGCGGCCAAAGAACGUGAUGAGCCAGGCUACUGCUGUCACGUUACAGACUUUGUUGUCGGACGUCAAGGCUACGGCAGCAUCAAAUUCUUGGGAGAAACGGACGUGAGGGGCCUUGAUCUGGAGUCGGUCGUGGAAUUCAAUAACCGCGAAGUGGCCGUGUACAAGGACGAAAGCAAGAAGCCCCCGGUUGGCGAGGGCCUCAACAAAGCUGCAGUGGUGACUAUGUUGAACGUCAAGUGCAGGAGUAGGAAGACAGGCGAGACGUACACGGAUGGUCCGAAGCUGGACAGGUACAAGGAGAAGCUCGUGAAGAAGGGCCAGGAGCAGGGAGCGGAGUUCGUGUCAUUUGAUAGUGUCAAGGGCGAGUUGAAGUUCAGGGUGAAGCACUUCAGCUCAUAUGGAAUUGGCGAAAGCUGAAACCGAUUCAAGUGUAGUAGUUUGGUCGUUGUGACUGGUUGAUAGAACGUUUUUUUUUUCUUCUGGGAAUGAUGCGUCUGUGACUUCCUUUCUGGGUCGCCUGUCUGUAAUUUUCUAGAAGACAAGUUUGACGGUCCUUCCUGUAUAAAUCGGGUCGAUUCAUGUCUUA